CCUCCGCUGCUGGGGUCCAGCCAUGUCCCAGCCUGCGGGAGGCAGGAGGAGGCCCGGGACCCUAGAGCCACCUGUGUGCAGUAUCCGGCCUUUCAAGUCCAGCGAGCAGUACCUGGAGGCCAUGAAGGAAGACCUGGCUGAAUGGCUUCGCGACCUCUAUGGGCUGGACAUCGACUCGACCAACUUCCUGCAGGUGCUGGAGACGGGCCUGGUGCUGUGCCGGCAUGCCAACGCUGUCACUGACGCUGCCCUGGCCUUCCUGGCUGAGGCACCUGCCCGAGCCCAGAAGAUUCCCAUGCCCCGGGUCGGGGUUUCCUGCAAUGGGGCCGCCCAGCCAGGUUCCUUCCAGGCCAGGGACAACGUCUCCAACUUCAUCCAGUGGUGUCGAAAGGAGAUGGGCAUCCAAGAGGUGCUGAUGUUCGAGACGGAAGACUUGGUGCAGCGCAAGAACGUGAAGAACGUGGUGCUGUGUUUGCUGGAGCUGGGCCGCCGGGCGUGGCGCUUUGGCGUUGCGGCGCCCACCCUCGUGCAGCUGGAGGAGGAGAUCGAGGAGGAGGUGCGGAGGGAACUGGCCCUGCCUCCGCCCGACCCCUUGCCGCCAGCGCCCCCCAGGCGCCAGCCCUGCCACUUCCGGAACCUGGACCAGAUGGUGCAGAACCUUGUGAGCCACUGCACGUGCCCGGUGCAGUUCUCCAUGGUCAAAGUGUCUGAGGGGAAGUACCGUGUGGGUGACUCCAACACCCUCAUCUUCAUCCGGAUCCUCCGGAACAAUGUGAUGGUACGUGUAGGGGGCGGCUGGGACACGCUGGGCCAUUAUCUGGACAAACAUGACCCCUGCCGCUGCACAUCCCUCUCACACAAGCCAGGCAACUUCCUGAAGCCCCCGGCCCCACCAGUGCAGCACGAAGUAAGGGUACAGGAUGGACCCUCACAGACCCAGCCUACGAUGACCAUCAGCCGCUCACAGAGCCCGCCACCCCCCGUGGACUGGAAGACAUAUGCCUCUUCAGGCCGAAGGCUGAGGUCCCCCACCCCAUCCUCCCCCAGACCCCGCAGGGAAUGGGGAGCAGGGAUGGGGGCGUCCAGAGAGAUGGCACCAUUCCUGAGGUGCCAGGAGAGGCCUCUCACCCCAUCUUGGAGGCAGCCGACAGCUGGGGACAGCCCACCCAGCCCCCAGUCCUCGUCUUCCCAAAAGGGCCGAGACCCACAGUGCACCUUGUCAGGAAAGAGGGAGGAUAGAUACCCCCCUGGACUCCCCAGGGGAAGGAUUCCCACAUCUUGGGUUCAUGAAAAAACAGACAGCCCGGGAACUGAUGCCCGGAACCCCACCCCACAAAGACUCCGAGACAUUGAGGCCACCACCAAAGGGAUAUCAGCAAGAGGACUAUCUCCCCUGCCUCGUUCCUGUAGCCCAGCCGAGCAACUGGGCCUCAGGCUGCCACUCCAGGAUAAGGCCAAGGGUGCGUUCUUCCAGUUCAGGGAGCCAGAGUCUGUCUGUUCUCCAACCCCUGUCCAAGACCUAACCAAGACCCCCAUCCGGCUGCCCUCUCCUCACCCCCCGACACCAGGAAGGAGCUUUCCUGGUGCUACAAGUAGAAGUCCCGGGACAGAACUUGGGAGAGACCCCAUUCCACUAAGGGCCGUCACUGCGGACCUGGCUGGGUCCACGCAUGGGGACUGCUCUGUGAAAGUGAGGCAGGAGGGCCAGCAGUUGGACAUCCAGCUCAUGGCAGAGGCCAAAGUGUCCCAGGACCUGGGCCCACAGGAGCAGGAGGGGCAGUACACACCUCUGCCCCUGGGCAGGAACAAGGAGCAAGCCAUCUACUGUAGCCUUGAAGAGGAGAUUUUGGGCAACAUGAAGCUGCUAGAAGUCGGGAGUGCCUGUCUGCAGGGCACAAGGUCUGGGGUCAUCCCUCGCAGUGGGGUCUAUGUCCCCAGCCUGGGUGGGCGGUGGCCUGAGCCUGGGGGUCCUUAUGACAAAGUCAUCCAAGAACUGGCUCAGGGCCCCCCACCCCUCCUUAAAGUGGACCUGGAAGCCUGGAAGGCAGCCCCGACUGGCUCCCCUAAGCCAGCUGUUACCCCAGGACCGGGAAGCCUCAAAGGGAAGUUGGGAGCCAUACAGAGUGGGCCCAGCACAAAGGCAAGCCUGAGUGCCAAGGGCACCCACAUGAGGAAGGCCCCACCUCAGGGAGGGCAGGACUGCUCGGCCCCUACUGCGUCUGCCAGCCCGGAGGCCCCCACACCUUUGCCCUUGGACCCCAACUCUGACAAAGUCAAGGCAUGUCUAAGUGAGGGCAGGAGAACUCUCCGGAAGCCCAAGAAGGUCCCGUCCAUCUACAAGCUGAAGCUGAGACCCAGGAUCCGGCCCCGAAGAGACCACAGGCCUGAGAAGCAGCCUUCACGAAUCCCCAAGCCACUGGCCUAUGUCUGCCUGGGUCCAGCCAGGCCGCCCCGCAGGGACAGACUGUUGAGAGCUGUGCUGGGCAGCAAGGGAGGGGAGGCAUCCCGGGUGGACGGAGCUUCAGUAGGUGAGGAGGAGGAGGAAGGAAAGGAGAAAGAGCCAGCCGCUCCAUUGGAGAGCAGGCCCCAGACUCCAGAGGACCUGCGACCUCACUGGCUUGAUCAAGCUCCACUUCCACCUGAGGAGGAGUCCUGGGUCUGAGGCACAUGAACGUGUCGGGGAGGAGGGAAGUAAAAAGAAUGGCCAUGUAUACACUGGAUUCACAGCUGCGGGAACAGAAGGGACGUUCCCUCAUCUCCACACAGGGCCUUGGGCAGGAGUGGGUCAGAAGACAAAUAUAGACUCCAUCUGCUCAUCUGAGCAAAGGGGCAACCCACUGCUCUCACUCCAACUCCAGAGGUAGGCCGGGGCAGUGAGACCAUCCUAUAUCUCAUGACUCUCCCUCAGAACAUCUCCCCACACUCCUGGCCUCUGGCCCCUGGCCAUGCCCACCUGUUUCCAUAACUCCCCUAAGUUAUUAAACGCAUGUGAUUCUACC